CAGAUGUCGUUUCAUAGUUAUAUCAUGUCUGAUCACUCUGUUUGCACGUUUUUCAUUCAGGAUAGUCCAAUAAACGCUUAAUAUAUACUUUUCUUGAGUACAUUUAUUUAUUAUACAAUACAAUAUAAAUCGGCAUAUAUUCUCUAUAUCCAUCGACUUAUAUUCUCUAUAUCCAAGCUACAUCAUACACGUCAUGGGCAAGAUAUAUUAUUGUGACUAUUGUGACAGAUCAUUUAAAGAUGAUGUUGAUGCUCGUAAGAAACAUUUGUUCAGUAUGCAACAUGUGACAAAUAGAGUGAGUCACUACAACAUGUUUAAAGAUCCGGAAACGAUAUUGAAAGAAGAAUAUGAUAAAACUCCAUGUAAACGUUACAUGACCGUUGGAGAUUGCGCUUUUGGUCUUGGUUGUCGAUUUUCACAUUAUACACCACCAAUGAUAUGGGAACUUCAACAGCUCGCUGCAAUGAAAAACUCCAAAUUGCCAAUAGUCCAACCUAAGGACGGUUGGCCAAAUUCAGAAGAUAUUAUCAAGGAAUAUUUCGAGAAUGUGAUCGACACGAGCGAUACCGAGGAUCUUCCAAUUCAUAAUUACCCAGUGUGGAAUACACCGUCAAUGAAUUUUUCUUAUUUACCACCAUCUCUGCGACCCCUCACAUCAGAAACGAUGAUGGACUGCAAUUUUAGCAAAUGGGGUUGAACUCGCUAAGUCUAUGUCUCAUACUUGUUGAAAAUAAAAUGUAUUUAUUUGUUCGCAAUUU